AUGUCUCGCCCCGACGACAGUUCCGCGGUCUAUAUAGAUGACCGCGUUAAGAUCGAAAGAUGGGUGCGCCGCAACUCUGUAGAUCAGCCUGGUCUCCUUGCAGACGAACCCCCGGAGCUGAAGCAAAAUGUGGUCACGCUGCUCAGCGUGUGCAAGCAGAUUUAUCUAUGUCACUCAGCCAAGUCGUUUGCAACGGCCAUAGCCGAGUUAAAUGAACGAAGCACAACGGACGGCAAAUCCGUAUUUGCCUUCUUCGAUAUCGAAAAUAGCAGGGAAUCUGCCUCAUCUCGCCGUCGUAAAAACCGUGACUCAACCACCGGAUCGGGACAGACUUCAAUCGGCCCCCUUUCUCGCGGAUUUACCUUCUCCGCGGAGUCUGAAGAUUCGUAUGGAAUUCAACUGCUGGCUCUGUUGACAUCCGACCUCCAAUUACAAGAGGGCCCUAAGCUCAUCAUCCCUGUCGCCCUGGUGCGUCCAUACGAACAGCCCGCCGCCAAGCCAUCAGUCGAAGAAAGCGAACCCGACGAAUGUCCGCCUGAUGAUGACCUCAGCGUUUCGUUACCGGAGCCGAGCCUGUGUGCGCGCUGUUUGGAUGCUGGCGCUGUGGAUAUCCUUAUCCAGCCGUUGGAGAAGAGCAGGGUGGAUGGGCUUCUGGUGCACGCCUAUCGCGUUCGCAAAGCGGCCCAAAAGGAGAUUUCUCGCUUCAUGUCCGUCAAGAAAACGAGGAAGCGUUCGUGGGUUGGCGUUCACGAUGAACAACCAUAUGCCUACCUGAGAGAAGCGAUGGUCUCGAAGCUGAUGAAGUCGAUCUGCAACCCGGAAGACAUGAUCGAUGAAUUCCAAGACCGGCUGGAUGUUCUCGAUGAGCGGAAGCUUCUGGUGGAGCGUAAAAUCGGUGACUGGGAUUUCUCCGCUCACGACUUUUCCGACGAUGAACUUGCCUAUGCUGCACAAAAGAUGCUGGAGCAUGCCUUGACAAUGCCCGAAGUGGGAUAUUUUAGGCUGACGCCUGGUAUGAAUAUGAUCGUUACGACUCGGAGAUAUCCGACAGUCGAACUAACGUCUCCGAUAGGCGAGCUACAGACUUUCGUGUUGGCAACCCGUACGGCGUACAAUUCCUUCGUCCUUUAUCAUAACUUUCGCCAUGCUGUCGACGUAUUACAGUCUGUAUUCAGCAUCCUACUCCACAUCGGUGCUCUACCUCCCUACGACCCGUCCCCUCUACCCCCGGUCUCCAAGUCUCCUAUCGCGUCUUUACUUAGCCCAUUCGAUGUCCUGGUCCUCCUAAUCUCGGCUCUCGGCCACGACGUCGGCCAUCCCGGUGUGAACAACGUGUUUUUGGUCAAACUGAAUGCGCCGCUGGCCCAGCUUUAUAACGACAGCUCCGUCCUGGAAGCCUUUCACUGCGCGGCAUUUUCCCAGAUCCUUCGUCGUCAUUGGCCGGCCGCUUUUAGGUCUACCAGUUUUCGUAAGCUCCUCAUCAGCACCAUCUUAGCCACGGACAUGGGGGUGCAUUUCCAAUACAUGAGUCGCAUGGCAGAGUUGCAGCAGAAGUAUCGUGACGAUGGAGACAUCGACAGGUGGAGUAAUCAGGACUUGGAAAAGUAUAGCUCACUGGCCCGGCCAUGGCAAAUCGCCGAAAAAUGGACGAAUAUCCUCCAAAAGGAAUUCGCCAACCAAGGUGAGAUGGAAAAGGAGGUUGGAAUGGAGACCGCUCUCUUUGGUGGACCUCCAGAACUCGGCAACGUUCUUAAGCUGGCCACCGGUCAAAUCAGCUUCAUGUCUAUCUUCGCCCUGCCCCUCUUCGAAGGAGUCGCCGAUCUCCUUCCGCAGAUGGCUUUCGCCGUUCAGCAGAUACAGUCGAAUCGGACGAUCUGGCAGGACCUGGCCGAUCGGGAGCGGAGGAAAAGCUUGCUUCCUGAGCCGGAGUCUGAUGUUGCACGUUCUCCCCGGUCAUUCAGCCCUGUGGCCGCGAGGUCUCAAGACGAGCCGCGGGUUGAGGGGACUGGUGAGCAGUUGCCGGCCUCGUCCCCGCAAGAAAAUGAUGCCGGGCCUACAAAUGUCAAAAUCACUUUUGACCAGCCUCCUGAUCAGAAACAUCUGUCGAUUACAACUGUCUGUGCUAAGCCCAGUGACACUGCAGACCAAUUGCCACGGAUCACCUCUGUCCCUGACAUGAGAGUCCAUAACGCUGAAUCCACCCGCAAAUCGUACUCCUCGGGCCAUGUUUCUGUGCCGUCCUCCUCGCAUGGCGCGGGCAGAGACACUAGAACGCAGAGUGCAAGCACCUGCUCAAAUACUGUCACGACGCCUGUUUCCCCUGCCACCAACGCUACCAGUUUCGUCACGGUUGAUAGCGGCGAUGAGAGAGAACCAACUGUGUAUGGACUUAGUUCUAGUGAUUUGGUUGCUACGGAAAACGAGAAUCCGUCCCGUCCAACUUCUUCGGGUCUGUACGCUAUGAUGGAUCGUCAACGGUACGAAGCCCCAAACAACGGCCUCUACUUCCAACAGCGGUUCCAUGCUUCUCAUCGGAUCGAGGACUUUGGGAAGAAGCAUCAUGUCAUGACGGCAGUAGUUGGCCGCCAUAUCAGCAGCCGAGGAUCGUCGCCUGUGGAUCAUGAACCGAAGCCCGGAAACUGUGUCCGAUUUGACCCUCAGCCUACGUUUGUGCCGAAAGCCUUGCGGAAACGGAAAAGUCGCCUACGUUUGGCUUUUUGGAGGCGCAAAGAAUCUAAUCUUCAACAGCAGGCGUGA